CCGACAGUGCUAUCUAGUGGCAAUUAUAUUGAUACAAAAUGUUCAGUAGUAUAACUCACUCUGUUGACAAAUGGCUGAACUAAGUGAACCAAGUUUGUGACGCAACCUUGCACAGCCACGGCAAAUGCUCAAAAACAAGUCGGAAAAUGGUGAAAAUGGCGUGGGUAUAGAAUAGAAGUUGCAUUGUUCAAGACAGUGUUUGUUUUUAUGUUGAUCCCUUGUGAUUAAAUGGAGUUGUGUAGAAAAUAUCUUGUCCACGAGAUUUUUUUGUAAAGGAGAAGUGUGUUUUAUUAAGAAUAUAGGAAAUAAUAAAUGACAAAAAAUAUAUUCGAUUUUACUGCAUUUGCUCAAUUACUACAUUCGUAAGGAAGUGUUUGAAAUAGUGAAAGAAAAAUAUUUGGUGAUACUUUUGGUAGAUUCGAAAUUUAUUUAGGGACUAGCGGAAAUGUUAAAUCUUUGUACCAUUCAAGCUAGAAUAUAAACACUUGAUUCAAUACCUAAAGAGUUAGGAAUUGUAAGCAUAUAUACUGUGUGCGAGUUCCAACAUGACAGAUGCCUUGAAGGGGAAGGACAGCUUGAUGAAGAAACUCUUGUCUACUGCUCCCAAUAUUUCUGUCAUGCCUCCUGUUUCUGCAUCGUAUACUCCAACACCUUCGGAAUAUUCAUCAAAUGUGCCUAGCCCUACAAGUGAUAGCAGUGAAGACACUAGCACUAAACUCACAACAUUUCUUCGCCAAUUAGCUCGACAAACAGGGCGAGAAUUGAAUGUUGUCCUCAUGGAUCACGCGUAUUCAAAACCCGGUAACUGGCGCUCGGAAAAUACGUAUGCCAAACCUACCAAAUCCUUAUUUGUUCAUCAAGUACCUCCAUUAGGGCAAGAUGAGAAGGAUGUCGAUGUGGAAUAUGUUGAAGAAGUGCCUAUACCUCCAUAUGACCUCAAUUCUGUCACUAUAUCUAUGGCAGAAUGUGAAAAAUAUAUUGAAGCAGUAAAUCCUGGAGAAAAAGAUGAUGACUGGGAAGAGCAAGUUGAUAAGACCAAUUGGACCAUGACACAGCAGCGUGUCUUUUCCAAGGUAGUACGUGCACUUCACAGUGAUCGUUUGGCACGUUUGACAUGUUCAGGAAACUGGAAUGAGCCGGUUCAGAGGCGUGUUAUAGUUGAUAAAACCGCUAGACGUAUGCGUCAUCUACUUGCCUGCUAUAGUUGGGAUCAAAAACUGACUCAUUGGUUGCAUACCACUCUCUUAGAUUGCCUCAGUCCGCUGUACUUAGGCAUCUACAUUGAUGUUUUGCAGACUCUGAGAACGAAAUGUCCUGUAAUGGUGGAUCGAAUGUUAUCAUCUGCACCUAUUGUAAAUCGUCCUGGCCUGUCUGGUUUGGAAAGUUUGAAUCUAAUAGUAAAACAGCCAUGGGAUCCUGUAGCUUCAAGCCUCAAUGAACAUAAGCCACAAAAACUGCCUGGCAAUCCCGUUAUUGUGAUGGUACCUUGUGCACCAAUGAAUGGAAACUUUCAAUCACCCAGACUGAAACAGUGGGAAUCAUACUUUGCGUCACUCGGUUCAGUUGUUCCAGUUAUUGUCAAAACAGGUCCUGACAUGUACAAAACUCCACUUACAAACUGCCUGGAUCAGAUGGUGUGCGCUUCACGUGUGAAAGUAGCUCAGCUGCGAGCUGACUAUCCUGGAAGGCAUAUUAUUCUUGUGGGUUGGAAUGCUGGCUCUGCCAUUGCGGUGCAAGUAGCGCUUGUGGAGCAAGUGAGUGCAGUGGUCUGUUUGGGAUUUCCUGUGUUCACUGUGGAAGGUAGACGGGGAGAGCCUAACGAUACCUUAUUGGAUCUGCGGUGUCCAGCUUUCUUUGUGAUUGGUCAGAAUGCUGCUUCUGUCAGGCAAGAAGAUAUGGAGGAUAUCCGGGAGCGAAUGCGAGUCGAAACAGGUUUAGUUAUUGUAGGCUCUGCAGAUGAUUUACUGCGUGUUGGUCAUACUAAGAAGCAGAGGGAAGGACUUACCCAGUCAAUGGUAGAUCGUUGUAUAUUGGAUGAAGUUGGAGACUUUCUUGGUAGCAUUCUCAUGUCACCACGUCCCCCACCACUACGUACCAUAUCAAAUCAAAGUACAAAUAUAACAGGCCUCACAUCAACUGAAUUGCUGAACAGUGGGGUAAGAGAACACAAACGGAAGAACACUUCUGAAAGCUCAACUCAACCUGCCAAAAGGUCUCGACCAGGCACUCCUCUUCAUGGAUUGUCUGGACCACCUUCUACUCCUGUUUCCUCACCUCUCUCUGGUACUUCUGCCGCAAGGCAAAAGGCAAGGGGAUCAUCACAGAAGAAUGCUCAUUCUACUCCUUCGACUCCGGAUGCUAAAUGGAGUGCUCCUACCUCAGCAUCAAAUUCACCUCAGCCUGUCAGUGUAUCUGAUCAGCCCAUCAGUGCACCUUCAGGAAUAACAGUGAAUAUAGGUUCGUUGGGCAGUUUGACUCCUCUUGGUCCUCUUCGCCUUGCACAAAAUACAUCUUUGCCUACUGCUACAUCUCUGGCUGCAGCUUCUAGUGCUUCUGAGGGGACAGUGGAUUCUAUUACUGCCAGAGGGCGGGGAACAUCCCUCACCAUUCAAGGGAAUCUCAUAUCAUCUGUGCAACAAGGAGUCUCUGAUAGAACAGUAACUCAAACUGGGAGAGCGGCAAGCUUAGGAAAAGGAUCUUUACAAUUGCAAGGCAAACAGUUGGUUGGAAGAGCGAUUGGCAAAGCAACAGAGACUGGGACUCUUACAUCGUUAUCGUCCUUGUUACAAGGCACCCCAGGAACUCGAAUUAUGGUGUCAUCAUCGUCUAGCCUCCUGCUGACUCCUUCUCUUACUACAACUACCGCUGCUGCUGCAGUUGCUGAUCAACAAAUAAAAGUUCUUGGAAGUGAUGAGCAUGCCCAAGACUCAAUAUCAGCCCCAACUCAGACUGCGGUGACUAAUCCUCGAGUUCGCACAGCAGCUGGGAGAAUGUUAGACCUUUCAAAACUAACUGUUUUAACGCCAUCAACUAGUGGUGGCAAAAAUGUACUGAGUGCUUCAGGGUCCGGUAAUGUAGUGAUGCUUACGGACUCAUCCAGGACAACACGACCUGUGAAUUCAGGUCCCCUAUUAGUUCCUGUUUCAAGUGUAUCUCCUUCCCCUUUUACAAUUUUGCCAUUAGCUAGUAAAACUACUAAAGCAUCAACUGAUAGAAACACUGUGCCAAGAUCAUUCACUGUGAUACCAAAAAUCUCUGUUCCCUCCUUAAAGCUAAAUCAAUCUACUGGCCAACAGGCAGUGACAGUAUCUAGCGCAACCAAACUUGCAUUUCCUUCAUCCACACUAGUACAUGACCAAGACCAAAGUAUAGAAAUGAUUCCAGAGACAAGUGAUGUGGAUAAAAGAGGUGAAGAAUUGACACCAGAUAAAAUUCUUGAGCUUCCAAUUAUUUUUGCCAAAGAUGGGGAUGACACUUUAUUCACAGAUAGUAAAAUGGAAAGUGAUUCAUUAAAUACUCCUACAGUUUUACCAAUUAGCUCUUGUGGAUCUGUAGACUCUUCUCCUACAGUCACUCUUGGAGACACAAUUUCAUUUCCUUUAGAUGAUAGUGAUUCAGAGAAAAUUUCAGAAAUGAAACCUGUCAGUGCUCAGAGAGCUGUGCCAAAUGUUUUCAUAAUUAGAAGCAAGAAUGCUAAUAAAGAGAAACUGCAGCCACCAGCAGGGAAAAGAAUUCUUCAAAAGACUCAUCGUUUCCUUAGAACCGUGGAUAAAUUGCCUACUCAAAACCAGCCUAGCCAGAAUCAAGGAUCUGGAAUAAAAUAUACCAAAAUUAUCCUGACCAACAGAAAUUCCUCUCUCAAAGUUGGUGAUAUUGAAACAACUGGAAGUAGUUGUGGAUCAAUGAAGAGAGAACAGGUUAAGACUGUUACUUCUGAACCUGUGAGUAGUGAAACAAUUCAUGGUGGAAUAAUUCUUGAUGAUGAGGAUGAUGAAUUUGACAUUAUGUGAACAUUAUAGAUCUGAACAGCUAGUAUGUGAGUAAAUGUACCCACAUGUGGCCUUUUUUGUAUAGUGUUGUAGAUUUCUGUGUAAAUACGUUGUCUUCAAGAGAGAAGACUUUUCUGUAAAGAUUGGGCUCUUCCAUGAAGUGAAGAGCAGCCUAAACACAAUUGUUUUGUGUGAGUAUAAAGGAGGUUGUUUAUUACA